AUGGCGCAAGGUAAAUUUAAGAGCCCGAAAAUUCAGGUACCCGGACAAAAGGACAAGGGUGCUAGAAAAAAACAACCUUUUAUUAAAAAGGGUGCCAUGAGCAUAGCACCCAAGAAACAAAGACUAUUAGCAUGCAUCGAAGAUGAACUAACAGCUAAAACAGUUGCAUUAGAGCCUCGGUCCCUCUCUAUGCUCAAACCUUCUACAUCCAAGGGAAAAUCAAACACCAAGGGGAAAUCAAAUACUAAGGGAAAAUCAAAUAAAUCUUGA